AUGACACCUCACUUGCAGGGUCCCUCCCAGCCCACAGCGCUCCGGGUCCCCGCGGCCCCGCCACUCUCCCCGUGCCGGGCGGGCCCCACGCGCAGUCGCUCCUGCCGCAUUCGCACCCCGCCCAGGGACGCGCGGCCCCCCGCACGGCCACCCCGCGGCAAUGUCCCGGCUGUAUCCCGGCCGUGCGGCGCCGUCCCCGCUCUCACCUGUGCCGGGGUGCCCCAGGCCCGGCCCGGCCGCGCCGCCGCCGCCUCGUUCCGCCGCUCCGCCACCGCCCGCUCCGUCACUUCCGGCCGCCCCGCCCCGCGCGCCCCGCCAAUCAACGGCUGCGCCGCCGCACACCCACACCCGCCCGUCCCCGGGCGCUACCACAAGCGCGCACCGUGCGGGGGCACGCCGCGCUUUCGCUUCCCCGCCGGUUUUGCUGCACCCCAUCUUCGCCGCUCGAGCGACGUUACUCUCUCUCUCUUCGCCACCGCGCUCCCGCCUCGUCCUGCCCUCAGCGGCCUGAGGAGAAGUAGCGGAGGACGGCACGGAGCCCUCCGGCCCCGCUCACAACGGUCCGGGCACGGAGCCCUCCAGCCCCGCUCACAACGGUUCGGACGCGGAUCCCCCUGGCCCCGCUGUGAACGGUCCGGGCACGGAUGCCCCCGGCCCCGUUCAGGACGGUUCGGACACGGAGCCCCCGGUCCCGCUGAGGACGGGCCGGGCACGGAGCCCCGCGGCCAUGCUCACAACGGUUCGGGCACGGAGCCCCCCAGCCCCGCUGAGGACGGGCCGGACGCGGAGCCCCCCGGCCCGCAGGAGGACGCGGCCGCCCCGCUGGGGCCGGAGCUGCCGCUGGUGCCGCCGGAGCUCCGCGCGCGGCUGCUGGACCGGCGGGACUACCGGGGCCGCGCGCAGGCCGUGGAGCAGCUGCGGCGGGCGGUGGAGGGCUGCAGCCCGGCCGCGCUGGGCGCCGCGCCCGCCGCCGCGCUGCUGGGGCUGAUCGCGCUGCUGGACGCGCUGCUGCACGACCCCAACUUCGCGGUGGCGCGGGGCGCGCUGGAGGUGACCCGGCUGCUGGCGCUGCGCCUCGGCCGCCGCGUCCCCGCCGUGCUGGCCCCGCUGGUGUGCGCGGCCGCCCGGGCGCUGGGGGACGCGCAGCCGGCCAUGCGGCGGGACAGCGCCCGGCUGCUGCUGCGCCUGAUGGCGGCGGCCGGGCCGCGGCCCGUGCUGCGGCUGCUGCUGCAGGAGCGGCUGCUGCGGCACCGCAGCGCCCGGCUCCGCGAGGAGCUGCUCCACACGUGCAUCGCCGCGCUGCUCGCCUUCCCCGCCGCCGAGCUGGACCUGCCCCAGCUGGCGGCCGCGCUGGCGCCGGCGCUGCUGGACGCCAAGCGCAGGGUCCGGCACGCUGCCAUGGAGGCGAUCGCCGCGCUGGCCUCGGCGCUGGGCCCCGGCAACGCCGGCGCGCUGCUCCGCGCCCUGGACGCGGUGGAGCUGCGGGCCGGCGGCGCGGGAGUGGCGCUCGCCGUGCGGGCCCGGCUGGCCCGGAACGUGCUGCCCCGGCUGGGCCAGCAGGGACUCGUGGAGUACGGAGUGCCCCUGCCCUGCUCCGGCCGCUGCCGCGGGCCCUGCCCGCCGCCCGGCCCCGACACCGAGUGGCUGCUGAUGGGCAGCAGGAGCCGGAGCGCGCACGGGCACUGCGGGCACCCCGCCUGCCGCGAUGCCCUGCACGGCCCCGCCUGUGCCCAGCGGGGACUGAGCCCCAGGAGGGUUCUGAGCGCCGGCAGAGGCAAAAACAAGCUGCCCUGGGAGAACGAGCCGGCUGCGGACAGGGAAGGUGGCUCGGGGGUGAGGAUGCCCGUCGCGAAGGGCGUGGAGCAGUUGGCUGCAGCCAACGAUCUCCUGCACUCCCCGAAGCCCCGGCCCUCGCAGGGGAUCCCAGGCAGUGCUGAGCUGCUCUUCAGCAGGAGCAGAACUUCCAGGACUUCCCUCCAGCCCAGUGUGGAGCUGAGCCCUGAGCACUCUGCCCUUGCUGCUGGUGCUCUGGGCUCUCGUCAGCCCCAGAUUUCAGGGAAGUGUGGGACACUUGGAUACUCACGUGGGAAGAGUGGCAGUGUGGGCUCUGAUUUGCAGUUUUUGGGACUGAAUAACUGUCAGCAGGACAAAGUUUGUUCCAGCCUCAGUUUUUCCAGCAAGACCCAGAGAAGUUUUUGCACUCAGGCAGAGCCCACCAUGUCCUUCCAAGGGAAGUCCCAGGAGGACCCCAGGAGCCUCUCCAGCUCCUGGCCUCUCAAAAGCUUCCAGGGGCUGCCUAAGCCUGGUUGCCAGAAGCAGCUGCUCAGCCAAAAGCCAGGAGACAACACAGGGGACAGCCAGCUGGAGAAGCCCCCCCUGCAGCUGGAGAAGCCCCCCCUGCAGCUGGAGAAGCCCCCCCUGCAGCUGAGGAGCGCCCUGGGCAGGGCGCAGGCUCUGCGGGGUGCCCGGCCCGUGCCCCCCAUCCCGCGGCUGCCCAGCCCCCGGGAGCCCCCUGGCAGCAGGGAGGGCAUGGAGCUGGCAGCAGGGCUGGCAGAGCUGCACCUGCAGCCCGAGCAGGUGGACCAAGAGGAGAUGCAGAACUCCCUGAGGUCCCUGCGGAGCAGCGCAGCCAGGAAGAGGGCCAGGCUGAGCAGCAGCAUCGCCGAGCUGGAGAGCCCCGACUCGGCGGUGAAACUGGAAUUUCCCGGGGACUGCCCCUCCCUGGGCUCCUCCCCCGGCACCACCUCCACCGGCGAGAGUGGGAUUUCCAGCCAGGAGUCCCUGGGCUCCCCCGUGGCCUCGCUGCCCCCCAGGAGGAGAGUGAUGUCAGACACUUUUCCAGCACUUGGCAGCAAAUCCCAUCCUGCAGAAGCAUCUCCAGCAAGGCCCAGAGAGCCAGAGGGGGCAGAGCACUCCCCCAGCACAGGCCCUGCAGAGUCAGUGCCUGGCUUUGCACCAAAGGAUGAUCUGGGUUUCGCAUCCGGAGACGUUGCUGUUGUUGGCAAAGGUGUUUUUGGGAGCCCUCCUGGCCCAGCUGCCAGCCAGCCCAUGCCCUGUGUGGCCAAUGGGGAUGCCCAGGGUGCCAGGGAGGGAGCAGAGGCAGCCCCAGGGAGAAGCUUCCAGCAGAGCAGCCCUUCCCAUUCCUGUCGCCAUGCAGGGAAGGAAGGAGAGAUGAAAGUGACCUUGUCAAAAUCUGCUCAGGAGAAGCUGAGGAGGAGGAGGAAAGAAGACAAAGAACACAACCAUAAAGAGCAGCAGGAAGCCAAAGACUUGGAAGGGAAGGAAGAAUUCCCUUGGGAAAGGAUUAGACUGAGUAUGAGUGAACCAGAGAAACUCACAGCAGAAAGGUUUAGUCUCUGUGGGGAUUUACUGACAUCACCAAGAAAUGGAUCUCUGUCCUUAGAAAAUGUGGCCUUGAACCCUCCCCUGAAAAGAACAUCCAGUUUGAAGAGGUCCAAGUGUUCAUCCUUGCUAGAUUCUGAGGAGCCGUGCGCGGGGCGGGGCCGCUGCCGGGAGCCGCCGGUGACGCAGAGCCCCGAGGUGCUGGACCCGGCCGAGCUGCUGCCCUUCCCCCGGCCCGAGCCCGCCCUGGCUGAGGCGCUGGCGCUGCUGGCUGACCACGACUGGGAGAAGAAAAUUGAAGGUCUGAACUUUGUCAGGUGCUUGUCUGCCUACCAUGCCCCUAUUCUGACUGCAAAGCUCCAUGAAACAACUCUGGCUGUGGCUCAAGAGGUCAAGAAUUUACGCUCAGGUGUUUCUCGAGCUGCUGUGGUCUGUUUAGGGGAUUUGUUCACCCACCUGAAAAAGAGCAUGGAUCAAGAACUAGAUAAUGCAGUAAAAGUCCUUUUGCACAAAGCUGGGGAAUCCAACACUUUUAUAAGGGAAGAGGUAGACAAGGCACUGAAGGCCAUGGUUAAUAAUGUGACUCCAGCACGUGCACUUUGUUCUCUUAUAAAUGGAGGGCAAAGCCACCUGCACUCGGCCGUCAGGAGAUGCACAGCCCAGCACCUGGGGGACAUCGUGGAGCGCCUGGGCCCCGAGCGCGUCCUGGCCGCGGGCCGGCCCGUGGCCGAGCGGCUGCUGCCCGCCAUGGCCAGGUUUGUGCAGGACAGCUCCCAGCAGACACGGUACUACGGGCGGAGGAUGCUCUUCAGCAUGAUGGCUCAUCCUGACUUGGAUAAAAUCCUGGAGAAGUUUGUGCCAGCCAAGGAUUUGCCUUACAUUAAGGAAACUGUUGGCAGCCUACGAGAGAAGGGCCUGGGGGAGAUGCCCUUGGAUACACCCUCAGCCAAAGGGAGGCGUUCCCAGACUGGAAAUGUUGGACAUUUGCGGUCGUCCUCUACUUGCAGAGAUGCUCCCAAUAUCUCAGACAGGGACAGCACGGAGAGCCACGAGGCCCCUCGGAGAGCAGCCCCUCGCAGUGCCCUGGAGAGUGAGGAGUACCUCAGGGACCUCGUGGGGUCGCUGAACGCCAGAGAUUUCCGGGAGCGCAUCCGCGGCGUGCGGCAGCUGCUGCUGGACACGGAGAGCAGCCCGGCCCUGGUGCUCCCCAGCAUCGUCAGGAUCUUUGAUGCUUUCAAGCCUCGCUUGCACGACUCCAACAGCAAAGUGACCCAGGUGGCUUUGGAGGCCAUGCACAAGAUGAUUCCUCUGCUCAAAGACAAUUUGUCUCCUGUGAUCAACAUGUUGAUUCCUGCCAUAGUGGACAACAACCUCAACUCCAAAAACCCAGGGAUUUAUGCUGCUGCCACAAAUGUGAUCCAGGCUCUAUGUCAACACUUAGACACCUCCCUGCUCCUGCAGCCGUUCUGCACAAAAGCCCAGUUCCUGAGUGGAAAAGCAAAGCAGGACCUGACAGAAAAGCUGGCUGAGCUGGUGCCGGAGCUGUACCCUCGGAAGCCCUGUGCGGUGGAGCAGAAGGUGCUGCCCGUGCUGUGGCACCUGCUGGGCAGCUCUGCCGGCGGCGGCUCCGUGCCCGGCCCCCGCACGGCCACGGCCGCCUUGGCCCAGGCGCUGUGGGCACAGAUGGGCCCCGGCCUGCUCGCCCACGCCGCGGCCCAGCCGCCGCACAUCAGGAAGAACCUGGAGGAGCUUUUGGAGACGGGAACGUAAAAUCGUCAAAUGGCCGUCCCCGCAGGUGAAGCUCCAGCGCCGCCUGAGCCGGGCACACGGACGGACAGUGCUGCCGGGACACGGGCAGGAGCAGCCCUGAGCUGGGCACGGUGCCUGAGGGAGCGCCCCGGAGCCGGGCUGGGCUGGACUGCACCGGGAGAGACACCGAGCCAGGCUGGGAGAGCCUGGCAGCUGAACUGGGCUGUGCUGGGAGAGCCUGGCAGCUAAACUGGGCUGUGCUGGGCCGGCCUGAGGGUCUGAACUGGGCUGUGCUGGGAG